GCAAGGACAAUGUAUCAAGCAAAGAGAGCAGCGUCGUUUCUACCCACGGCAAAGCUCCUCACACCAUUCUCUGGGUUACAUGCUGAUCCCGCUGCUGGACAGAGUAGCGGUCAAGGCUGGUGACGCGCAGGUGGCCAAGCUGCUGCGGGCGUGCGGUCUGGGCAAGGCUCGCCAGAAGCUAGAGUGCCACCUCGCGGACAUCCAAUGUAUCCUGCUGGACGCCGACACCAAGAGCCGAACCAAUGCUGCUGUCCACUCGUGGAUGGAGGACCUCAAGACUGUCGCCUACCAAACUGACGACAUCCUCGACGACUUCCGCUACGAGGCAUUGCGCCGCCAUGCUGCCAAGAUCGGCCACGUUUCCACCGCACACAAGGUGCUGAGCUACACCACUUCCAAUAACCCGGUUAUUCUCCGUCACUCCAUGAGCAAGAAGAUGAAGGAUACAGUUGACAUGAUAGAUGAACUGGUCGAGAAGAUGAAUAGUUUUCACUUCCGACAGCAUACCGAGGCUCCACGCAUUGAUCAUCUGCAAACACACUCUCAAGUCGAUAAAUCACAGAUUGUGGGCAGACAAGAUGAGAAGGAACAACUGGUGAAGAUAUUGCUUGGCCACUGCUACAACAAAAAUAACAGCAACCAUGUCAUGGUGCUCCCCAUAAUUGGUAUGGGGGGAAUUGGUAAGACCACCCUUGCCCAACUUGUGCACAAUGACCAGAGGGUGAAGCAUCAUUUCGAGUUGGUCUUAUGGGCAUGUAUCUCCGAAAAGUUCGUUAUUGAGGAAAUUGUCCGAUCUGUAAUAGAAGUGGCCACGAUGAAGAAGUGUGAUUUGACUCAGAUGGAGGCACUGCAGAAGGAACUUUGUGGAGUUUUGGGCAAGAAAAGGUAUCUCCUAGUGUUGGACGAUGUUUGGAAUGAAGACGGACAUAAGUGGGAUGCUAUGAGAUCAUUACUAAACUCACAUGCUGGCUCAGGUAGUGCUAUAAUUGUGACAAGCCGCAGCGAUCAAGUUGCGUCUAUCAUGGGCACGCUUCCUCCACAUCACAUAUCACUUCUAAAUGAGGAUCAAUCAUGGGAGCUUUUUCACAGAAAUGCAUUUGGGAGGGAAGCGGAAAAGCAAGAUGAAUUGAUUACAGUCGCAAAGAAAAUUGUCCACAAGUGUAAGGGAUUGCCUCUUGCUAUUAAGACUAUAGCAGCUUUACUUCGUUCGAAGCAUCACAGUCAGUGGUUUUCUGUUUUGGAUAGCGAUGUCUGGAAAGAUGACAUCCUCACAUCUGCUAUUGUACCUGCACUACAACUGAGCUAUGAUCACUUGUCAUCCGAAGCAAAAAUAUGUUUCUCCUUCUGUGCUCUUUUCCCCAAGGAUAGCCCGAUGGAUAAAGACACGCUAAUCCAGUUAUGGAUAGCCAAUGACUUUAUUGCAUCAGAAACAAGAGGCCAAGAAAUUUUUGAUAUACUAGUUUGGAGAUGUUUCCUUCAAGAUGUGGAGAAUCAACACUACACUAAGAUCGGUGAUUAUGAGCAUAUCCACAGAUCAAUUAUUUGCAGGAUGCAUGAUCUCAUGCAUGACCUUGCUGAAUCCGUAAGUGGAAAUGAUUGCUUCAUUCUGCAAGAAUCUUCAUCAUGUCAAGAAAUUCUGCACGGACCCACUAACAUCGGUUCAUUACAGCAUGAGGUUCAGUAUUUAUCACUUGAUCAUGUGAGUAACAAUACUCUUGCAGCAAUGAAGGAAAUGCUAGCUCCCCGAGCCCGCACAAUAUUAUGUGUCCAAAGGGAGUUGCAGUGGACCCAAGCAUCUCUGGAUAAGGGCAAGUCUUUGAUUAUGGCAUUGUCAAAAUUCAUGUCAUUGCGAGCAUUGAGGACACUCUCAUUCGAGACACAAAUGGCAAACUUGAAGCAUCUUCGCUAUCUAGAUCUCUCAUAUUCUGGUAUAGCUACACUGCCAGGAUCCACUACCAUGUUGUAUAACCUGCAAACGUUGAAGCUCAUUGGUUGUGAAGAUCUUAAGAAAUUACCAGAGGGCAUGAGGUAUAUGAGCAGUCUUCGACACAUAUUUCUUGCUGGGUGUCCUAAUUUGGACUGCAUGCCACAAGGUGUUGGUCAGCUUAAUUCUCUGCAGACAUUGACGAAUUAUAUCAUUGAUAGUGAUGCAGGCCGUGGAAUUGAUCAACUGAAAGAUUUGAAUCUAGGUGGUAGUCUUUCUUUGACACAGCUGAGAAAAGUGCAUAGUGCAGAAAAUGCUAAACAAGGCAAUAUAUCCGCUAAGCAUAAUUUGAAAAGAAUCUCACUGAGUUGGUAUGGACUCUGUAGUAGAGCUGGAUAUGAAGUAGAUACUAAUGCAGAAGGAAUACUAGAGGCCCUUUGUCCUCACAAUGGUCUUGAAGUUUUACAGUUGUCUAAUUAUAGUGGUGCUAAAUUGUCAUCAUGGAUGCACAAGUCUACACUGUUAGAACAUCUGAGAGAGCUUCAUUUGCGUAGCUGCAGGAAGUGCAAGGAUCUUCCACCAUUAUGGCAGCUGCCCUCCCUCUGGUACUUGAAUUUGGAUAAUUUGGAUAGUGUGACAAGUAUGUGUGUUGGUAAUGAUGAUACAGACAAUGGGGAGUCCUGCAUUCCUCCAUCACCCAUCUUUCCUAAACUGCGAGUCAUGAUUGUUUACAAGAUGCCUAAGCUAGAGAGAUGGCACCAGGUGGCAAGACAAGUAUCGGCUGUAUCAUUCCCUCGGCUCAAAGUGCUACAUAUUUCUGGAUGCCCAAGUUUAGAGACACUGCCGGAGGGACUCCUGCAGCAGGUCUCAGCCCUCACGGAACUAGAUAUGAGAUAUUGCGACAAGCUGAAGGGAGCCUUCUCAAGAGGUGGUGCUUACUGGAAAUUGGUUGAAGCAAUUCCCAUGAGAACUGUUUUUUGAUCCCAUGCACUGAAUGCUUAGGAUGUCUGUGCCUGUGCUUGUGUAUGCCGGCCUUGUGGAAUUAUUUAUUCGGUCCAGGACUGAUGCAUUGUUGAGCCUGUUAAUUAUACGUAUAUGUUGAAUGAUAAUUAUAUGUAAAUAUGUUAUCAUGCCAUGCAAACCUUGCUGGCAUUUUUGAUUUUUUUUUUUAGAAAAGGAGGAAGACCCCCAGCCUCUGCAUCUGGGCGAUGCAUACAGUCAUUUUAUUAAUUAUUCUCAAAAGACCUUAUAAAGAAAUAUGCUGGCAUUUUUGAUAUAUGUUGAGCAUGUCUUUCUUAUUCAUCAAGCUGAUCUGCAAACGCGUGAUCUGAGAUUUUUGUGGCCAGUCCAUUGUUCUCGUAAAACAGAAGUUGCCUCAUUAAAUAUUGUCCUCCUCUGUUCCGUUGCUUACUUUAAUAUAGGGCACUGCUAGGUAGUUAGUGGCGAGUUAAAGCUUUCUUUAUGGAACCUGAGUUAGUUACUGUCAGGGGCACCGCCAAAGCUUCACCGAAGAAAGGUAGUCCCAAGAACGAUGAAGCUCGGCACGGUUCAGUUAAAUUCAGUUAGCGGAUGUAGGGGAACGCAGCAGAAAACAAAAAUUUUCCGACCUACG